AGUUUCCUUUCCAGCCCCGCAUGCACUUGUACACGUUAAUUCUCUAUCUUCCCAACAAACCGCUUUAUUACACAGGUACAAUCAUUCCCCCAAAAAAAACGCAGCAUUAGGAGUGUGCAUGCGUGUGAAUGUGUGCGCAUAUAUAUAACAUCAAAACACUUUAUAUCCUAAGCCCCGUCAAGAAGCCCUAUGGAACCAUUCAACAAACAGGUGGUGCUGAUCACGGGCUGUUCAUCAGGCGGCAUCGGCCACGCGCUGGCCCGCGCGUUCGCCGCCGAGAAAUGCCUGGUGGUGGCGACGAGUCGGUCGCGAUCGUCCAUGGCCGACCUGGAAGACGACCCUAGCUUCUUUCUUCAAGAACUCGACGUGUUGUCUGAUCAAAGUGUACACAACGUUCUGUCGACUGUGCUCGAUAAAUUCGGCAGCAUCGAUGUCGUCGUCAACAAUGCUGGGGUACAGUGCAUUGGCCCUCUUGCUGAAAUCCCUCUAUCUGCACUUGAACAGACCUUCAACACAAAUGUUUUCGGUUCCAUGAGGUUGAUUCAAGCUGUGGUUCCUUACAUGGUAUCUCAGAAGAGGGGGAAGAUUGUAAACACUGGAAGUGUAACCGUUUUGGCCCCUGGACCAUGGUCUGGUGCUUACACUGCGUCUAAAGCUGCUCUGCAUUCCCUCACUGAUUCCUUGAGGUUGGAACUUAGACCUUUUGGGAUAGAUGUUAUUACUGUUGUACCUGGAGCGGUUAAGUCAAACAUAGGUAAUUCUGCUAUAGCCAGCUAUAGUCGGAUGCCUGAAUGGAAGUUAUACAAGCAAUUUGAAGCAGCGAUCCGAGAGAGGGCCUACUUCUCACAAGGCUCUAAAGCUACCCCUACAGAAGAGUUCGCAAAGAAGACAGUAGCAGUGGUGCUGAAGAAGAAUCCACCUGCUUGGUUCUCUUUAGGCCAGUACUCCACCAUAAUGGCGAUAAUGUACCAUCUGCCAGUAUUUGUUAGAGACUUCAUUCUCAGGAAGGCAAUGAAGUGCUGAAGUUUUAGAUUUUAUGUCGGGUUUUCUACUCUAUGCAAGUUGUUUACACAUAAUAGAUGUUGCCUCAAAAUGCAUGGAUAUGCCCACUCAUACACAACGCAUGACAGUGUGCAAGUUACAUGCAUGGUGCAUGAUGUUGAUUCUUGGUAUUCUACUAUUAUUAUAGAGUAAAGCUUUUGAAGUAUGUUUUAAUUUA